AUGCAAGAUGCGCCACUCCUACCCCAGCUUACUGUAGAAGAAGCCAUGACUUGCAGCUCGCAUCUUAACUUGCCACGCUCUUGUUCAAGCGAGCAGCGACAAAAAAUUAUUGAGGAAAUUUUACAGACCUUGGGUUUAUCCGAGACUCGGAAAACACAGACGUCUGAACUGUCGGGUGGGCAGCGAAAACGUCUAUCGAUAGCCCAAGAGAUGAUCAAUAAUCCACCAAUUAUGUUUUUUGAUGAGCCUACAAGCGGACUCGACAGCGCCUCAAGUUUACAGUGCAUUGCGGCUCUGCAGACCAUAGCCAAACAGGGUAGAACGGUGGUUUGCACUAUUCACCAGCCCAGUGCUACUGUCUUCGGCAUUUUUGACCAGCUGUACUUCCUGCUUGACGGACAGUGCCUCUAUCGCGGUCCAGUGAGACAACUCGUGCCCUACUUGGCGUCACUCGGACUCCAGUGUCCGCGAUAUCACAAUCCGUCGGAUUUUUUGAUGGAUUUGGCUUCUAACGAGCAUGAAGUGGAGGAGUCAGCUUCGAUUCUGCUCAAUGCAGCUACCAAUGGACAAUUGGACCGUGAACUGACGCGAUUACGAACCCCUAGCGUGUCCAUCCCCACGGCGUCAGCGCCAACGGACAACGUAGAUGGCGAGCGGUCCAAGGAGACACAGCCUUCAUCCUAUGUCGGCUUCGACGGGGAACACCAGAAAUCCGUGCACAGAGAGUCGUCCAUACUUAGGAAGACGAACGAACACGGUGGACAUUCCUUUGAAGUUGGCCUGCUUCAUCAGACGCGCAUCCUGACCAAACGAACCCUUCUCUGUAUUUGGCGCGACAAAACCCUAACUCGGCUGCGCCUAUUGGCUCACGUGGUGGUCGGAGUGCUGAUAGGCCUGCUCUACUUCAACGCCGGAAACAACGGCUUCCAGGUGAUCAACAACGCCGCCUUCAUCUUCUUCUCUGUCCUCUUCAUCAUGUUCUCCUCGCUCAUGCCGACUGUCAUGACGUUUCCCAUUGAAAUGCGCGUCUUCGUGACGGAGCACCUCAACUACUGGUACAGUGUCAGCGCCUACUACCUCGCUAAGACAUUCGCUGACCUUCCAUUCCAAAUUUUCUUCGCACUUAUUUACGGUGUGAUUGUCUACUUCCUGACGGAUCAACCCAAAGAUUUCGAUCGUUUCAUGAUUUUUCUCACUAUUCUCGUGUUAACGGCUUUGGUAGGGCAGGCCCAUGGUUUACUCAUUGGAGCAGCUACUGAAUUGGAGGUGGCUGUCUUUUUGGGACCUGCAACUGGCAUUCCGAUAAUUCUGUUUUCCGGGUUUUUUAUAACCCUCGACACAAUUCCAAAGUACCUCCAGUGGCUGUCCUACAGCUCCUUCACGCGAUAUGCUUUCGAAGGCUCAAUGAAGAGCAUCUACGGUAACAACAGGAGUGUGAUGAACUGCAUCAAGAAACCGUCGGUCAGCCCCUCGCUACCAUGUAUCAACGAACCCAACUCGGUGCUCACCCUACUUAGCAUUAGCCAGUACCACUACGGAAUUGACUUAAUUGUGCUCAACGUGUUCUUUUUUGUUUUGCGUAUUCUUUGCUACUUUGUGCUCAAAUGGCGUUCUCAAAAUUCCAUCUAG